CAGGGACGUGUGGAGGUGUACUACCAGGGCAAAUGGGGCGCGGUGUGUAACAACAGGUGGACGGUUACAGAGGCCGAGGUGGUGUGCGCGCAGUUGGGUUUUGGCGCCGCCGGCGCCACGCCUGCAACCUUUGGGACCGCUCCCGCUGGCAUGCCGGUGUGGCUGGACGGCGUUGAUUGCUCCCAGUACGACACAGAGGCCACCCUCGCCAACUGCAAAUCAUACGGCAUGGGCUUGGCGACAUGUGACGGAAACAAUGCUGUUGCGGGUGUAAAGUGCAAGCACCCUCAGCCCCCUUCGUCGCCGCCACCGCGGCCACCGUCGACUCCUCCACCACCUCCCACAUUGCCGAGUGAAUGCGCGGGAUUCGAACAGCGACUUCUGAAGCUACAAGACAUCUUCGGUCAACUGCAGCCAAGUGCCGUGCGCAAUCGCAGGUCGUUGAUUGGCAGUUUGCAAGCGGAGACAUCGCCAUCAGUUAUGACAGCCACCACUCUCGCUGACCUUCUCGAAGCAGCGAAGAACAGCAGGCGCACGCUGCAGCAACAGCAAAGCGGCAGCAGCAGCAGCAGCACUUCCGAAAAUCCGCCUCCGUCAGAGGACGCCCACCCGCCCGACUCCUCCAACACCCCAACUUCACCACCACCGCUAUCCAUUCGCCGUUCACCACCUCCCACCCUUGCCAAAAGCCCUAGCCCCCCUGCCAAGCAGCCUCCCCCUCCCACGCCUCCGCCGCCGCUGAAAGUUGCUAGCCCCUCGCCGCCCCCGCCAUCAACCUCAUCAUCGCCGCCGCCUUCUCCCAGCGAUGACGAGGCCUCCUGGGCGCCUUACUGGCUUGCGAAGUACGGAUUGGCGCGAACCGAUAUCCCACACG